AUGUGCAAUACCCUACAGAUGUCCUCCACUGGUGAAAAUACUAGUACCACUUGUGGGGUUGGGCUGAUGGGUAGUGACACUAAUAUGUCAAUCCUGAUGACAGAAGGCCAGAGUCCUAAUCCUUCUCAUAUGACUUCUAUGCCUCCACGACCAACUACAGCUCCCAAACGGGCGAGUUCUACUAUUAGGAAAAAUGCUUCAGAAAUGUGGGACCAUUUUACUAAAAACCCUUGUGAGGAUAAGGAUAAUCAGACAGCUACAUGUAAUUAUUGUGGGUCUACUCUUGCUUGUCCAACCAAAAGUGGUACUACUUCUCUACGUAACCACUUAAGUAGGUGUAAAAAAUACCAUUUCAAUGUAGUGGACAAGAAACAAAGAACCUUAGUCUUUCAACAGCACUCGGGUGAGCCCUCAAGUGGUGUUGCAACUACUGUUGCCUCCACUUCACUGUCGACUUGGAAAUUUGAUCAAGAUUUAAUUAGGGAUGCUUUAGCUAAAAUGAAAAUUACUGAUGAGUUGCCUUUUAGGAUAGUGGAGUAUGAGGGGUUUCGUCGAUUGAUGAGAGUUGCACAACCUAGUCAUAAAGGUUUAACUAUUGGCAAGUCAAUUGAGAAAUGUUUGAUUGAAUGGGGUAUCUCAAAGGUGUUCACUGUGACUGUUGACAAUGCAAGUUCUAACGAUGUUGGAAUAACUUAUCUUAAGCAUCGGUUAGAGCGUUGGAAUGGAAGUGUCUUGAAGGGUAAGUUUCUUCAUAUGAGAUGUUCUGCACAUUUAUUGAGUCUAACUGUUAAAGAGGGGUUAAAAGAGCUGGAUGACUCAAUAUUUAGGAUUCGUUCUUUAGUGAGGUAUGUGAGAUAUUCUCCAGCAAGAUUACAAAGGUUUAAGGAGUGUGUGGAGCAAGAAAAAUUGGAAACUAAAAGUCUUCUAGUUCUUGAUGUAGAAACAAGAUGGAACUCCACUUAUUUGAUGUUGGAAGUAGCUUUAAAAUUUCAGAGAGCAUUUGAAUUAUUGGAAAUCCAAGACCCUAAGUAUAAAGAUGAGCUUACUGUUGGGGAAAGGUCAAGGGGUUUGCCUACAAUUACUGAUUGGGAUUAUGCUCGAUAUUUGUUGCCUUUUUUGAAGGUUUUUUAUGAUACUACUCUACAAGUGUCUGGCUCUCUUUAUGUUACCUCUAAUGGAUACAUGGAAGCGAUAUAUAGCAUUGCAUUGAAGAUUAAUACAUGGUUGGUAUUGGAUCCUAGGCAUAAGUUAGAAUACGCAUAUUGGGCUAUUGAUAGUGCAUAUGAUGAUGUUGAUGCUGAGAGGUUGAAAAAAAAAGUGAAUGACACUUUGUUCUAUUUAUUUGAGGAAUACAGUUUGCGUAAGGCUUGUCCUAGUGCGCAGUCAAGUGAGCAAUCUCAAGUUGCAGCAGGGAUUGAUGUUACUGAUGCAAAUGUUGAUCCAAAAUUCUUUAUGAAGGUUAUGUUUAAUCAACAAAGGGCUGGACGACGUGCUUUGGAGCCAAAAUCUGAGUUGGAUAAAUAUUUAUGGGAAAGCCUUGAAGAUGAGAAUGAAAACUUUGAUAUCUUGAGGAAAGAAUACAGCAAAGGUGAUUCAAGAUAUGCGGCAAGAGAUGCAGGAGUUGUUGCUGUUGAAGGACUAACUACAGUUCUGAAGGGCCUUGCUAGUCUUCUAGCAGUGAUUGCUAUAGCUAAAGGAAAGUCAUACAGUUACAUACUUCAAUUUGCAAUUUCUCUUGGCCAGCUCUACAGUACUGCUGUAUAA